AUGGCAGAUUUUGAUAUUGAACAAGUCCUCUCACAGCUCACCACGACGGAGAAAAUUGGGCUCAUCUCCGGAAUUGACUUUUGGCAUACAUAUCCAGUCCCUCGACUCGGUAUUCCAUCGCUGAGAUUCUCCGAUGGUCCAAACGGUAUCCGUGGUACAAAGUUCUUUGAUGGUGUUCCUGGUGCUGUUUUGCCCAAUGGAACUGCGCUGGCGUCGACUUUUGACAAGGAGCUGCUGAAGCAAGCUGGCCAAUUGGCCGGUGUUGAAGCGAAGCACAAGAGUGCUCAUGUUGAUUUGGGCCCAACCACUAACAUGCAAAGAGGUCCACUGGGUGGCAGAGGGUUCGAAUCCUUUAGUGAAGACCCUUACCUGGCUGGUAUUGCGAGUGCAAAGAUCGUUCAAGGCUUACAGAGCCAAAACGUUGCAGCCACGAUGAAGCACUACGUUGGUAACGAUUUGGAGCAUGAGAGGAACUCUUCCGACUCCCUCAUCACUGAGAGGGCUCUGAGAGAGAUUUACCUCGAGCCGUUCAGAUUGGCUGUCAAGUUUGCUGAUCCAAAGGCCUUCAUGACGGGUUAUAAUAAGGUCAAUGGUGAACAUGUUUCUCAGUCUGUGAAGUUUCUCAAGGAGAUCUUACAGGAAGAAUGGGGCUGGGUCGGUACCAUCAUGUCAGAUUGGUAUGGUACAUAUACCUCUAAGGAAUCGAUCCAAAACGGGCUGGAUAUCGAAAUGCCAGGACCUCCAAGGAUCAGAACUCAGCAACACGUCACUCAGCAGCUUUCCUCGAGGGAGUUGCACUUCAGAGACUUGGAUGACAGAGUGAGAAAUGUCCUGAGACUGGUCAAGUUCUGUAAGGAAUCCGGCAUUCCGGAAAAUGGCCCUGAAGAUGCUGACAACAACACUCCAGAGACUUCUGAGUUCCUCAGAAAGCUGGCUGCUGAUGCCAUUGUUCUCUUGAAGAACGAGGAUGGCGUCUUGCCGUUGAAGAGAGAAGAGACUGUUGCUGUCAUUGGUCCAAAUGCCAAAGUGUCUGCGUACGCAGGUGGUGGUUCUGCUUCCUUGCUGCCAUACUAUACCGUUACGCCAUAUGAAGGUAUUGCCAACAAGUUAGGAUCAGAGCCUCCAUACUCUGUAGGAUCCUAUUCCCAUGUUUCGCUUCCAGGCUUUGCCCAUUUGUCAAAGAAUCCAUCCACCGGUGACAAGGGAAUGCAUAUUACUUUCUACCACGGUGCUCCUGGUGAGGCCGAUAGAAAGCCAUUCGACCAGUUUGAUACAAUGGCUUCUUUCCAUAUCUUGUUUGACUAUAUUCAUCCUGAAAUCACGUCGCAAUCAACUUUCUACGCUGAUUUUGAAUCUCUUUAUACUCCAGAGGAGACUGGUGAUUAUGAGUUUGGUUUGGUUGUGGUUGGUACAGCUUUGUUGUACGUCGACGACCAAUUGGUUGUUGAUAACAAGACCAAACAAACCCAUGGUCAAUCUUUCUUCAACUCUGGUACAAUCGAGGAGACUGGAAAGAUCCACUUGGAAAAGGGUAAGGAGUAUAAGAUCCGUAUCGAAUUCGGUUCAACAAGUACUUAUACUCUUAAGGACAGAGAUGGCGUUGAUUUCAGUUCCAAUGGUGCCAUCAGCUUUGGCUGUGCGAGAGUCAUCGACGCUCAAGAAGAGAUUCUGAAAGCUGCUGAGUUGGCCAGAUCCGUGGAUAAAGCCAUUGUUGUUAUUGGAACCAACGGUGAGUGGGAAUCCGAAGGUUAUGACAGAAAGUCCAUGGCAUUGCCAGGUCAUGUUGAUGAAUUGGUUAGAUCUGUGAUCAAAGCCAAUCCAAACACUGUCAUUGUUAACCAGUCGGGUACUCCAGUGGAAUUCCCGUGGAUUAAGGAGUCAAAGGCCGUGAUCCAAGCUUGGUUCGGUGGUAAUGAGCUUGGUAACGCCAUUGCCGACGUCUUGUAUGGUGAUGUUAACCCAAGUGGUAAGCUGUCACUGACAUUCCCAAAGAAGCUGGAGGACAACCCAACAUUCCUCAACUUUAGAACUGAAAGAGGCCGUGUCCUCUACGGAGAAGACAUCUUUGUCGGGUACAGAUACUACGAGAAGCUACAAAAGCAAGUAGCAUUCCCGUUCGGAUUUGGUUUGUCUUACACAACUUUCCAGGUAUCCAAUUUGCAAGUGUCUGUUGAUGAGCCAAACAACAAGAUCAACGUCUCCGUUAACUUGAAGAACACAGGUGCUCUUGAAGGUAAGGAAGUUGUUCAAGUUUACAUAUCCAAAACCCAGUCCGAAGAUAUCAUUAGACCUGUUAAGGAACUCAAGGAGUUCGAGAAGGUGUCUCUGAAGAGUGGUGAAGAACAAACAGUCAAGUUUGAGCUCUCUUUGAAGGACUCGGUCUCUUUCUUUGACGAAUGGGAGAACAAAUGGUCUGUUCAAAGUGGUGAAUACUCUGUUCAAGUUGGAUUCUCAUCUGAUGAUAUUGAGCUCACUGAAGUGUUCAACGUCGAGAAGGCGUUCUUCUGGACCGGGUUGUGA